UCCUCCAUGCCGUACGUGGAGCCCUGGACGUGUUGGCUAGUUUCUAUUUGGAAUAUCUCUCUUAUAACGGAAUGCCCUCCGAAGUGAAGUCCACCUCCAAGAACACUAACUGUCGACGGAACGCACGGAAGUAACCGCCAUUUAAGUCGUUCGCGCUGCUAUUGCAGAUUUUGGAAACGUCAAACUUAAACGAAGCUCUCAUAAAUCGUCGUGUUAAUUUAUUUAGUCGUUUCAGCGAUUCAGAUUUCUCUGUUGUUAUUGUGAGCAUUGCGUUAGCUGUCUGUCGGGAGGGUGUGGUUCACCGACGAGUAUUAAUAAUAUCCAUGGAAAUCUGAUUUGGUUGAAAUCGUCAACAAUAUGACUUUCAAGAUAUUUCUGUCUUUGUUAUUAAUGCGCGGGGUGUUUGGUUCUGGAGAUGAUGAAGUUUUAUCAGCGAUGGAGGAGAUUCGGUCACUCUAAACAUGAAUCUUACCCAAGUACAGGGAUUUAAUCUGAUACAGUGGAGGUUUGGAGGUGAAGGAUCCAGCAUUGCUAGAACCGAUGGAGAUGAUUUCUCAUAUACUAAUGACGAGAUAUUCAGAGACAGACUACAGCUGAAUCAGACUGGAUCUCUGACCAUCAAGAACAUGAGAACCAAACACUCUGGACUUUAUAAACUACAGAUCGACCACAGCAGUGGGACAUCAAAUGCUAAAUUUUUUGUUGCUGUCUAUGAGUCUCCAUCCGUUAUUGAUGUUGGUGAAGCUCAAACAAAGAGCGUGUCUGUGAAAGAGGGAGAUUCUGUUACUCUUCAGACUGAUGUUAAUGAACUACAUGGAGAUGAGCUGAUAGUGUGGAGGUUUGGAGGAGAAGGAAAACUCAUAGCUAAGAGUGAUAUAGAGACCAAUGGCUUAUCUUUAAACACUGAUGAGAGAUUCAGAGACAGACUGCAGCUGAAUGAUCAGACUGGAUCUCUGACCAUCGAGAAUAUCAAAAACACAGACUCCGGACUUUAUACAGUGAAGAUCAGCAGCAGCGAACAGAUGAGAAACAGGAGAUUCAUUGUUAAUGUCGGUGGUUCAGGUGUGUCUUCCGGUGCUGUAGCAGGGAUAUCUGUUGCUUUCCUGCUGGCGAUUUUAAUUGUUGCUAUUUACUAUCGCUGCAAGAUCUCUAAACUAAAAAUAAGACAAUUUAUACAUAGAAAGAAGGAUAUGAUAGUAAAGGAGGGAGAAGACGUCACACUUCACACUGACGCUAAUAUAGAGGCAGAAGAUCGGAUCCUGUGGACGUUUGAAGCUCUAGGUGCUCGUAUCGCUGAAAUCAGAGAAGGUACCAGAGAGACAUUUGAUGGUGGUGAUGGGAGAUUCACAGACAGACUGAUGCUGGAUGAGACUGGAUCCCUGACCAUCAGAAACAUCGAGAUUAAACACAGUGGAGUCUAUAUACUACAGAUCAAGAAAUGUCACAUGAUGAGUUGGCUCUCAUACAAAAGAUUCACAGUUUCAGUCAAUGGGAGGACUAUAUCGGUGAUGGAGGAGAUGAUCUCACUCUAAAUUCUGAUUUCGAUUUAAACAAAGAUAAGCAGAUAAAGUGGUUGUUUGGAGAUCAGUGCAUGAGAGCUCCCAUAGCUGAGAUCAAUGUAGAGACCGGUGAGAUCUUUCCGUUCGAGGGUAAAGCUGACGGGAGAUUCAGAAACAGACUGAAGCUGGAUCAUCUGACGGGAUCUCUGACCAUCAAGAACACCGGACCUGAGCACUCUGGAUACUAUGAAAUCCAGAUCGAACACGACAGAGGGACCACAUUCAGGAUGUUGAUGGUUUCUGUCAGUGAGAGGACGAUAUCGGCGGAGGAGGGAACAAAUGUGACUCUAGAGAUCGAAACACAGAAGGAUGAUCAGAUUCUGUGGAUGUUCGAGCUGAAGAGACUCUCGUGGCUCAAAUCAAAGGAGAGACCAGAGAGACACGUGAUGUUCCUGAUGAGAGAUUCACAAACAGACUGAAGCUGGAAGAGUCUGGAUCUCUGACCAUCAGAAACAUCACAGCUGAACACACCGGAGCCUAUAAAGCCCAGAUCGUCAGCCGCGGAAGUGUCUCAUACAAGAAAUUCAAGGUUGUUAUGCUUGCGGAGUAUGUGCCAGUGAAGAAGGGAGAUGCUGUUACGCUACACACUGACUCCAAAACACAGAGAAACGAUCAGAUACGCUGGAUGUUUGGAGAGAAAACUCUCCUCGCUGAAAUCAAAGAAGGGAGCGGAGAGAUCUCUACAUAUGAUGAUGUUCUUAACGGGAGAUUCAGAGACAGACUGAAGCUGGACGAGCGGACCGGAUCACUGACCAUCACUAACUUCACGACACAACACACUGGACUCUACACGGUGAAGAUCAACAGAAGCGCAGAAACCUACAGAAACAAGAGUUUUGAUGUUUUUGCCAGAGGUGAAAUUAUUAAAGACCAGACCAUUUAUUUAGACCAGAACACUGCCUUUCUUCUUCUCUGAAAUGCAGCAAACUGAUAAAACAGCAUCUAAAAUCUUAGAAAUUUCAAAGGGCUGUGCAGAAUGACAAUAUAUACUGUGACAUUCAAUAUAAUGUAAGUAUUGUUGGAGAUUUUGACAUUUUAAUUUUUUAUCACAGUAAGCAAAUAUAUCUAUGUAGUAUAGUGAUACUUAAAGUUAUUGUCCCGAUACAGUUAAAAUAAAACAUGCCUGAAUAAAAAAAACUAUUUUGUGAUAAGUCCUAAAGAAAAUCUUGAUCUCCUGAUGUUUUCUUGUGUUUCUCUGUUCCUAUGUGCCGCUGUGAC